AUGGUGAACUCCUGUUGCGGUUCCAUCUGCUCUGACCUGAGCUGUGGCCAAGGCCUCUGUCAAGAGACCUGCUGUGGUCAAGACUUCUGUCAAGAGACCUGUUGCGCUCCCAGCUGCUGCUCCCAGAGCACCUGCUGCCGCCCAGCCUGCUUCCAGAGCACUUGCUGCCGCCCAGCCUGUCUCCAGAGCACCUGCUACCGCCCCAGCUGUUGUGUGUCCAGCUGCUGCAGACCAACCUGCUGCAGAUCAAGGUGCUGCCAAUCUGUUUGCUGUCAACCCACCUGCUGCCGCCCUUCCUGUAGCCAGUCUAGUUGCUGCCGUCCCACCUGCUGCCAAACCACUUGUUGCCGCACAACUUGCUGCCGUCCCAGCUGCUGUGUGUCCAGCUGCUGCCAGCCCUGCAGCCGCCCUGCCUGUUGUCGCCCAGCCUGCUGCCCGACCACGUGCUGCCGCCCCAGCUGCUGUGUGUCUAGCUGCUGUCGCCCAACCUGCUGUCAGACCACUUGCUGUAGAACUACCUGCUUCCGCCCAGCCUGCUGCAGGUCCUCCUGCUUCUGA